CGCGGUUUGAGCCUCCUCAGCCGCCGUACUCCGUGUUGUUGUGUCUGGAUCGGCUUCCGUAGUCUUAUCAGCUGGCGCCUUAUGCCUUGCUGCAAGAUGUGUUAGUGACUGAGACUCGGGGAGAAAGUUCGUGAAAGGAAAGCAGCAUGGCUGACUACUGGAAAUCCCAACCUAAGAAGUUUUGUACUUAUUGCAAGUGUUGGAUCGCAGACAAUAAGCCAAGUAUUGAAUUCCAUGAGCGGGGAAAAAACCACAAAGAAAAUGUUAUCAAGAAAAUCAGUGAGAUUAAGCAAAAAAGUAUGGCCAAGGCCAAACAAGAUGAAAAGAUGUCCAAGGAGUUUGCAGCAAUGGAAGAAGCUGCACUUAAAGCUUAUGAAGAAGAUCUAAAGAGGCUUGAAGGGACACUACCAGUUGCUGUGGCCCCUGUAGGUCCAAGCAUGGAAGAGAGAAAGGCGCGUGACGAGCAAAAGAGAAUGGAAAUAGAAGCCCUAGAAAAACACCACACCAAGAGGCAGUGGAAAAAAUCAUUAACUCCAGAAGGGUACCCAUAUUUCUACAAUUUAUUGACAGGAGAAACUCAGUGGGAGGAGCCUGAAGGAUUUCAUGAGAAUAAGGAAGAGGAGGAAAUCAAAUCUGCAUGGAUAGAAGGAGUCUCAGAAGAGGGUUACACAUACUACUACAACUCUGAAACUGGAGAAUCUAGAUGGGACAAACCAGACAACUUUAAUAAUCUACAUCCUAGUGAUAAGGAAACUUCCAAAGAUGCUGUAGAGGUGUCUGUAGCAGAUAAACAAGAGGAAGCAAAUCCAGAAGGAACAGCAGACUCUUCUCCGGAGGAGUCCCAGUCGUCAGAAGAUACCACAAAGAAUCCUACAGUAGCACAGACUCCUAAAAUCCAUUUCAAGCAGAUUACAAAGGAGACCAAGUCAGACAAUGAUGAGGUAUCUGACCGCGAAAGCAAACCAGAGGAAGCGGAUGACAAGAAAGAUGCUUCUCCAAAACCUUGUGCUAAAAAGUCAGCCAAACCUAAGUCAGCCAAACCUAAUCCAUAUGGAGCAUGGGAGACUAUUCAAGAAGAAGAGGACCCUUAUGAAAAUGUGGAUUUGGAGCUACCCAUUGUGGAAUUCUGUGACCCUGGUGUCUCUUUACCUGAUGUGGAGCCAAAAGUGAAGUUUAAAGAAAAAACCAUCACUUCUCUUGGUGACGCGGUAACUGGGGCCUCUGUAUUCAAAAAAAGAAAGCUAGAAAAUGUGAAAUCUCGAAACAUACGCCAGAGACUCGAUGAUCAGUAACGGGCUUGGAUUCAUUGGACUUUUAUAAACUGGAUGUUUGAAAGCUUAUGGGAUUCAAUUAUGUGUGCGCGCGCUUGGUGUGAAUAAAUAUUUUUAUUUUUUUUGUAGAUUUCUUAAUUUUUUUUCCUUUCACUGGGAAUUCUUUUAUCCUGUCUGCUUCUUUUUAUUUCUGUUUUUAUCUUGCUGCCUGUCUAUUCAUGAUGAGUAGCGGAAUGUUUCUUUAUCUUCAGUAUCAUAUACCUUUUUAUAAAUCAUGAAACAUU